AUAACUUAAUUAAGUGGAAUGAAUCUAAAAUAUGUAAGAUACCAAAAUGAAUGAAACGCCAGGCUGAAAACAACCACAGUAUCAAAGAGGUGUUGUGACAUCAUAAUAAACAAUAACUAUGCAGACUAACGGACCUCAAGCGUCACUUUCACAACUUCAAGUGACAGUGAAAAGCGGGGUCCUUCAUCCAAAAGGAUGGUUUGGUACGAUCAAAGUAGUGGAUUCGUACGUUACCGUACGUCUCGAUGGGGAACCUCCCAAGAAAACACAGAUCAUCAGUAAAUCUAACAAUCCGCAAUGGAAUGAACCGUUUACCUUACUAGUGAAGCCAACAUCAAUGAUAGAAUUCAAAGUAUUCAGCUACAGUUCAUUGAAGACCGACACAAUCUUAGGAUCGGCGACGCUGAGUGUGUUGGAUGUAUUAAAAGAGAACGGAGGCAAAUUAUCAAACAUUGAAGCAAAGCUCGUCUUGAAACCGGAUUCAAAAUCAAACUCAACGGAUUCUAUGGGAGAAGUCGUCGUUAUUCUAGACGGAAUGAGAGUAACGAAAGAACAGAUGGGAAUUGUUGCCAAUGGUGACGCAGCAUUGCGGACUCCUCCCCCAGUUCCUCCCCGGAGCCCCCAACUUGGGGGUGCGCCCCCACUACCACCUCGUCCUCCAGUUGCAUCUGGGACAAGUUUCGGUUCAUCAGAACCAAGUUCAGAAGUCAAUUCCACAGAAAGUGACUCACAACCUUCCACGAAUGGACCUACGGUACCCACCCCAAUCCCACCACCUCGGAAUAGCAUAAGCGGAGCAAGGAAGAAAACAACGCGGCCUGCACCUCCUAGACCUAAUGCUCCACCCAGUGGUUCAGGGUCAUCUGGCAACACUACUCCGACACCUUCGAUACGUAACAAUGCAGUGGCGCCUGCAACUACUAAUGGGGGUCCACCAUCUGGGAAUCCCCCUGUACCUGCAGUGAUUGGAGGUGGAGCUGUAGGGGGUUACCCUCAUUCCACUCCUACCACAGGUGGGAACAAAGCACACAGUCAACCUCCCCCACAGAAUCAACACCCACCCCUGCCACAAGGUUGGGAAUCUCGCAUCGAUCCGAUGGGAAGAGUAUAUUACGUCGACCACAACACCAGGACGACAACGUGGGAGCGACCGGAACCCCUACCACAAGGGUGGGAGAGGCGAGUCGAUGCACGUAAGCGAGUAUAUUACGUUGACCACAACACUCGAACGACCACCUGGCAGAGACCGACAGUACAGAGGGUGCAGGAUUACACUCAAUGGAUGAACCAGAGGAAUAACUUACAGAACCAACAGCAGGCUUACAACCAGAGAUUCAUGGUGGGUGGCCAACAGCCAACACCCCAACCCCCAGAAUCAGACUCAUUGGGGUCAAUGCCCAAAGGAUGGGAGAAACGAAUGGAUGAAAAUGGCCGAGUAUAUUUUGUGAAUCAUAAUACAAGGACAACGCAGUGGGAGGAUCCCAGGACGCAGGGAAUGGUGAACGAGGAACCUCUGCCUCCAGGAUGGGAGAUUCGUUUUACACCGGAGGGCGUUAGAUACUUUGUUGAUCACAAUAAGAAAGAAACAACAUUCACAGAUCCAAGGCCUGGGAAUAAAGGCACGAUUGGAUCGUACGGAGUCCCUGUUGCCUAUGAAAGAAGCUUUAAAUGGAAACUUGGACAAUUCAGGUAUCUUUGCCAGUCUAAUGCGCUACCAAGCCAUGUGAAGAUCAACGUAACACGAGAAAAUAUUUUUGAGAAUUCGUUCCAACAAAUCAUGCAUUUCCAGCCUUUCGAUCUAAGGAGGAGAUUAUACAUUAUAUUCAGGGGCGAAGAGGGGCUGGACUAUGGUGGGGUUGCAAGGGAAUGGUUUUUCCUGGUCUCACACGAAGUCUUGAAUCCGAUGUAUUGUUUGUUCGAAUAUGCAGGGAGUGAGAAUUACACGAUGCAAAUUAACCCUGCGUCCAAGAUUAACCCAGAUCAUCUUCUUUACUUCAGAUUUGUUGGGAGAUUCAUUGCAAUGGCUCUCUACCACGGCAAAUUCAUCGAUACCGGUUUCUCUCUCCCGUUUUAUAAACGAAUGUUGAACAGGAAAUUAACGAUUAAAGACAUUGAAUCUGUCGACGAGGAAUUCUAUAAUUCUCUUGUAUGGACAAGGGACAACAACAUAGAAGAAUGCGGACUCGAACUUUUCUUCACUAUGGAUCAAGAAAUCUUAGGAAAGAUUGAAUCACAUGAGUUGAAGGAGGGGGGGAAAGACAUACAAGUAACUGAAGAAAACAAAGAAGAAUAUAUACGCCUAAUGAUUGAGUGGAGAUUCUCUCGAGGAGUGGAAGAGCAAACCAAAGCUUUCCUCAACGGAUUCAACGAAGUCGUUCCCAUACAAUGGCUGCAGUAUUUCGAUGAAAGAGAACUAGAGCUGAUGCUCUGUGGAAUGCAAGAGUUCGACGUCGAAGACUGGAUGAAGAACACAAUAUACAGGACUUAUAAUGUUAAAAGUAAACAGGUGCAAUGGUUCUGGCAGUAUGUCCGAGAAAUAGACAAUGAGAAGCGGGCUCGUCUUCUGCAAUUUGUAACGGGGACUUGCCGAGUACCAGUCGGAGGUUUCGCUGAAUUGUUGGGGAGCAACGGCCCUCAAAGAUUUUGCAUUGAAAAAGUUGGGGAAACUUGGUUGCCAAGGAGUCAUACAUGUUUCAACCGGCUUGAUCUCCCUCCAUACAAAAACUAUGAACAACUCAAAGAAAAAUUGACUCUUGCAAUAGAAGAAACUGAGGGAUUCGGGCAAGAAUAGAAAAGGGGGGUAGAAAUAAUAGUAAAGGGGAAUCCCGCUUGGUCAAAUCUACAUUUUUAUGGAAAUAUGGGAUCUUAUGAAAUGUGUGCUAUAUGAAAAUCUAAUUGAAAUGUUUUUUUAAAUAUUCAUUCAACGCUGACGCUAUUUUGGUUGUUUAAAACCGCUUGUUUGUGAAGAUAGCUCAGGGCAAGCAUCCACCUAGACAUAUGCAGCCUUCACUUAGUUUGGGGAAUAUUUUCCAAAUUACUUAGGUGAGAUGUUCGAUUUACUAGGACUAAAAUUUCUCUCACUUCACAUUUUUCCCAAUUUGGUCUCAAUCUCUUUAGACAGCAAUCACACUGUUAAUAGGAAGACUCCCUUCACUAGCCUAGUUCAUGCAUCCGCCCAGCUAUUCUCACACUGGGUCGCAGUCAGGGUCACCCAGCCAGACUCGCUAGUUGUUACGGUUUAAUUUGGCAAUUAGAAAUAUGAGGACCCAGAAUCCCAGGCUACUCCCUGUCUCAACAACUGAGAAUAAUUUUCUUAAUCUAUUUUUGUAGCUUGAAACGAUUUUUGUGCUCGUUUUCUGGCCACCUGCUGGACCUGCUAGAUGUUUCGGCCUAACUCGACAAUUAGAAACUUCAAACUCCCUAAUUCAAAAUUUCUGGCAACACUCCUUUUCCCACACCCAAAAUUGAUUUUCUUUACUGAGCUUAAGUUAUAUGAAACUCUUCACAGUUAUUCCAAGUAGUAACUAUUUUGUUAAAUCAUAAUUUAAUUAUUUUGUAGUUUUAUGUAUAAUUAUUGUCGAUUUUUGUUUACUUGUUGAAAUGGUCGAUUUUAUGAGCGGUUAUGGCUCAACUUCACUCUUACAAACUUCCCAUUGUGAUUCACAGUGAUGUCACAAUUUAGGUAAAAAUUCUCAAACCAGCCAAUAUCUGGUACUGUCUCAUUAACAUCUCUAUAACCUUACAAUUAAAAGCACAGCCACGCGUCCACUGAUGGAAAAAAUUGACUUAUAAUUGACCUCGACCAGAUGCUGUGGUUUGCCACAUGAUUAAUCCAUCUUAUUACCUUUCCUUUCUGUUAGUAUAGAUCAGGGGUGCUCAAUAAUGUUCGAAAUACAUUCAGUAACCCAAUGAUGGAACAAUUAUCGGGUUAACUAUUUCCAUACCUGACCAGGACUGGUAAAUGGUUGACUGUUAGAUACUCCCGUGGUAUGUCUACCAGGUUAGGCCAUUAUGGUCUGGAUGGUCUGAGUUAGCCAAGUGAAUAUACCCCCUGCCCAUAGGUUUACUUCACACAACUUGAUGUAAAAUAGACGAACAAAAUUAAUUACCUCCAUAUUGGUACACAUACUUCUGGAGCGUCGACGAAGGAUUAGCCAUCUUGUCUUUUCUAUAUCUGAUGAGGUGUGUCUGCUUAGAGUAGGCAUUCGGAAUAUUGGCGUAUGGUUUGCUUCCCACUAGUUCGACAUCAACCAUAGUGAAAUUGAAAUUGCAGGGAACACUCUUUUAUUGCAAGUUGUGACUCACAUGAAGUUUUAAUUCCGUUACCACAUAUUUCUGUAUCUGGCUGAGUCUUUUACCCACAGUUUGUGCUUUGUAAUGAUUCACGAUAUGUAGGCAUGACGACCUCACUUUAGUUAUUUAUGAUACCUUGUAAAGUUACAUGAUUAGGGCCAAAAUUCAUCAUAAAAAAGGAUCAAAUAUUUAAAACCCUUCAUGGUAUUUGCAACCCUUCCCAAAAAUAUGGCUCAUUGCUCAGCUCCGCUGGUAAUUACGGUAUUCAGAAGUCUCGCUCCUAACUCACAACCAAUAGCUAAAUAAACUAUUUCAAGAAAAAUGUCAAAUAAAAUACAGCAUACGCCUCUGAUUGCAACUUAAAUUCAGAAAGGUAGUCUCAAUAUGUGGAGUAAGAUUGAUUGAAAUCAAUUUGAACAUGAAAUGGUUUAUACACUUCGAUUCAAAUCAAAUUAGCCAAAAAAAGGUGACGAUACUUUGAGCAAACUCGCUUAAAUAUUUCGAUUUAGCUUGGGUUUACUAUAUAAUUUGGUUGUAGCCAAGCAAUCCUGAUAUAUUUUUCUGUGUUGCGAUUCGUCCAUAUUCCUACAGUUUAGAAUAUUCAGAUCUGGGACAGAUUAUUAACAAUACGACACUACUUUGGUAAGGGAAAUCCCCUCCAACGAAUUAAAAAAUAACAAAGCCAAAGUUACUUUGUCACAAUUCAUUUCUCUCAUAUUGUUUUCACUAUUUUUGCUUAAUUGCUUUUCUGCACUUUUAAUUUACGCACCAUUAUGAUGCAAUUUAGUCCAUUAUUUCAUCAUAAUGUUGUCAUAUUAUUAUUUGUUUGAUGUAUUCACCGUGAUUGUGUGAUGUCAUAGUUGUAUUAUUAGUAUUUAGGUUCCUUUAUUAUAUCUCGCUUCUGCAUUUUUUUGUUUGCGUGUUAUCUUAAAUAUAUGUUUUAUUUUUCAUUCGUUUCCCUCCCAAUUUAGCUAUCUGUAUAUUUAUAACCUAUCAAAAAUUUAUUCAGGGCUUCGGAUGAAAAUUGUGAAAGCCAAAGCAUCUGAAAUAAAUGACUGGGUAACUCGGGGCUUUGCUUCGCCAUAUGAUUAAGUUGUGUUAUCAGCUUUCCUCUCCCCCUGUCUCUUUUGCUAGACGCCAUGCAUUUGAAACUAAUAAGUAGUUGACUCAUAUUCGGCAUAGACUGAUUAAAAUUCGACGCUGUGUUCUAUCAUAUAAUGAAGCACAGACUUUCCUCCCUACUCUUAAUUAGGAGAUAAACGAGAAUGACCUGGCUGACUAUUUCCAUGCCACCCACAGACAAAAUGCUGUGGUUAUUCAUUUCGUUAGUUAAUUUGUGUUAUAAACUUUUUCUGAAACAAAAUCCUAUUCUCAAACAGUAACAGUUCCUCCCCCUGCGAAUAAUUCUAAAUGCUAUAGUGGACAUGGGUAACAUAUGAUUCUGCCUUUUCCAGUCUAGAAAGUUGUGUGCUAUAUGAUUCAUCAGCCAUUGUGGGCAGGAAUGAAUAUCAUUAUGCCACUUAUCAACUUUCCGCUUCGCCUAAAUGCUAUGUUUGCACCUGUGUGUGUACUUAUAGCACCAUUUAGCGGUUGUUGCGCCAUUUGGAGUUUGUUUCUCUAUUGUCCUGAUUGCAAAUGAUUCUCCUCUUAAUUUACAACCUUGUAUAUAUUUGUGCUGGAAAAUUAUUUUAUUAUUCCACUUGAAAAUAGAAAUUGUUCAAGAAA